AGGUUUCAGUUGAAUCUUGGCUUGUUAACAUUUAAGUUUAGUUCAAUUCCGGCCGGACUUCUAAUUAACAGCAAAUAAACUAUGAAUUUUCUAAGCCUUAUACUAGUUGUUACGGUUUUACAGUUUUUAAAUGCUUACAAUGUACGGUGUGAUGAGAAAUCAUCGACAAUUAGACCCGUGGAAAUUUCUAUGGAAGUGAAUAUACGUGGAAAUAAUUUAACGAUGUCGUACAAAAUCGAACCAUUGCCCAACUCUUACACCCACCUUGGUGAGGGACCACAUUGGGAUGUUGAGACCCAGAGUCUCUACUAUGUUGACAUUGAAGCUGCUAAAAUAUUGCGUUACGACUAUCAGGAGAAUAAAGUCUACCACAGCCAAGUGGAAGGCAUUGAGCUUGCCGCCUUCAUUGUACCAGUUGAGGGACAAAAGAACAAAUUUGUUGUUGGAGCUGGACGUAGUGUGGUGGUCGUAACAUGGGAUGGCGUUUCCGAAACGAGCAAAGUAGAUCGUGUGCUCUUCGAUGUACAACAAGAUGAACAAUUUAAGGUCAAUCGUUUCAACGAUGGUAAAGCUGAUCCACGUGGACGUCUUUUUGCCGGCACAAUGCGUUAUAUUGGUGAUGAGUUCAAGGAUCGUUGGGGUGAAUUGUACAAAUACGAAAAGGGUGGCAAAGUGUCGGUGGUGAAAUCGGAUGUAGGCAUCUCGAAUGGUUUGGCAUGGAAUGAGAAAUUGAAGAAAUUCUAUUACAUAGACACAACCGAUUAUGAGGUGAAGGAGUACGAUUAUGAUUUUGAAAAUGGUGUUGCAAGUAAUCCAAAAGUUGUUUUCGAUUUACGCAAACCAAAUCCCAAGGAUAAUCUCUUGCCUGAUGGUUUAACCAUUGAUAGUGAUGGAAAUCUCUACGUGGCCACAUUUAACGGACACACCAUUUACAAGGUCAAUCCAAGCAACGGCAAAGUUCUUUUGGAAAUCAAAUUCCCUUGCAAGCACAUCACCUCAUCCGCUUGGGGUGGACCGAAUCUCGAUAUUUUAUUUGUAACCACAUCGGCUAAAUUUGAGGGAGACGCACCGGCUGGCACCACAUACAAGAUUACCGGUUUGGGCGCCAAGGGUUUGCCAAUGGCAAAGGUUCAGCUUUAAUUGCGUGCAAAUAAGUUAUAGCAAUGGACAUUUUAUAUAUAUAUACAUGCAUGCAUGCAUACACACAUACAUAAUUCCAAGCUUUUGUUUAUGAGAAACAUUUAUAUUUUUAUAUUUUAAAAUAAAUAACAUUGUGAACAGCGAAAAAA